AUGGCCGACGACGAGGAAUCUCCACUAUUAGAGGAUCCAAGACUGAUUACUCCAGGUCCAAAUGAUUUAAUUAUCGCCGACGAAGAUAAUGGAGAUGAUCUCAAUCAAAACAGUUUGUUGGACGCCAAAGAACAACUUGAGGAGCCUCAAUUGGAUUUUAUGAAGGUCGAUGAGGAAGAAUUGGAGCUCCAAGAUGAAGUUAUGGAAGAGGAUGAGUCUAAUUUCAUGGAAAAGAUUGAACAUAUAGAGGAAGGACUGUCGUCUCAAAAAGAAAGUUUCGACGAUAAUCAAGUUGACCCAGCGGAAAUGGAAGAUGCUGUCGUGGAGAGAAAUGAAGAAGUUAUGGAAACAAGUGAGUGCAAUGUGGAGGGAACUUCAUCUGAAAGGGUGCAUAAUAAAGACGAAGCCGAAGAACCUAAUAUCGAGGCAACUUCGUAUGGUUCUCUAAUUGAUGAAAAGAUCCCGCCAAUGACCCCAGAACCAAAAGCAGAAGUACAAGAUCGGGCACAAGGUCCAGAAUGUGAAUAUGAAACCAGAGAGAUUAAUGGACUUGUUUUAAAGGUAGGAAGUUUGAGAAUUGGUUUUAUCUUGAUUUUAGGUACCUAAAUGGGAAGUUGAAUUGGCGAAAAAGUUUGGAUUUAAUCCUUUUUGCUACAUACAACAGGAUAAUAAAAUAUCACUACCAAUAUCAGAACCAAAGGAGGAAAAAAUUAAGGUCCAGAAGAAAGAAAAAAAACGGAAGAAAUUAGGUAAGGGGAUUUCCACGAAUUUCGUUACUGUGUAUCCUAGAUGAGGUACCCGUGGAGCCUAGGAAGAGAAAACGGUCCAAAACAGAAACGCCAACGCCUACUACAUCUUCAGUGUCGUCUUUAAAGCCGCCAACCAAGAAGAUUAAGUUGAUCUCUGAAAGUUGUAAGGUCUGUGGAAAAUCCAUGAAAGAUCGGGAGUUCCUACCAGAUCGUGGGACGUUUUAUUGUUCUACCAAAUGCAUUACCAAGAAAGUUAUAUCCCUCAUGAAAACAAUGACUGAGAACGAUGAGCUUUUCUUGAUGGAUAGAAAAGGGCGUAAAUAUGCGGGCGAGGUCCCACCUCUCAAGAAACUGGAGGCCUUCUUACUCAGGGAUCCUUCUUUCGAACCUGUUAUCAGAGGUAACUUCAGCAUCAUAUAUUUUUUUUUACAUUAUUUAUCUUCAAAUUAAUCUUAUUUUUUUCAGAACGCCAGCGGGAAGCCGGAGACUCGAUGGGUGCUGUUCGCCGACAGAUUCGUGAGAUUGUCCAGAAAGUUUUUACGGACCGUUUCAAAUUCCAUGACAUUUACAACACUCAUCGAGCUAAGGAAUUGGGAUUUCAAGUGGAAUAUGACCUCUUCAAUGAGUACAAGAACGUCAGAGAUGAAAAUUAUAAAAGUUGGUUCAGAUUAUUUAUUCGAUGUGUGAAGAAUUGUGGCAAGGUAAGUGUAAUUUUAUGUUUAUCCAUUGUCCUUUAGACAUUUCUCGACGUGUUAAUAGAAAAUCCAUUAAAACUAUCGGAAUUAGUCAAGUUACAUGGGAAACAGCUAGAAGAAGAAGUCCAGAAGAUUGACACAAUAGAAGCAGGUGUUUUGGACAUCACAGAAGAGCCAUCCACGUCGACUGUUCCAGUCGAAGUUACCAAACCGAAGAAGCCAAUCGAGUUUGAUCUGCUAAAGAAGAAAUUUAAGCCCCUUGACAGAAUUCCUAAAGUUGAGCUUGCCGCCUGCGACAACGUUCCAAAGGUAUUUUUUUAAUUGUAAAACAAAGGUGUGCAAAUGAAAAAAAGUAGUAAUCGUUUUUCUUCGGUCGGAAAUUUCGACAGGUUGGAUUUCAGAAACAUGUAGUUUCCCGUUUAUUCUAGCUCUUUGGAACAUCGAGUAAUCGAGUAUUCUAAAAUUUUUAAUUUCUCAAGGUUUCGAAGGUUCUGUUUAAAUUUGCAUGAAAAAAAUUAUUUUAGGCAAUUUGAGUCUUUGAACGAAAUGAAAUUACUUUGCAAUAGUUUUUUGUUUUUUAAAUUAUCAUUUAGACUGCUCUUGAUGACAUCCUUGGCGACGCUAUGAGAGAUACGACUUCAAAACAUGGCUCCCAUUUAUACGACGCCAACUGCAAAAUAUGUUCUAGGAAAAAUCAAGACGAAGCGCUAAAACAGCAGAGGUUGGAGAAAUUAAAGAAGAAGGAACAGGUAAGAGUUCAAGCGAUAUGGUUUUGAACUCAUGUUUGUGAUAUUACAUGCAUUAUCUUUAGGAAGAAAGAGAAGCCAAAGAAAAGGAGAGGGAACUCAAAAACAAGAAGCGGAUGAAUGGACGGACAAGAGAUCCCUUGGAGAGAAGUCUCAGAUUCAGCGAUGAUGAAGGUCCCGGAGGUGAUGAAGGAGGAUUCGAUGACAUUGAUAGCUCUGAUUUACUUACCAGAAGUCCUUUUGCCCAUCGGUCUAGUCCUGGUGUUCUGAAAAGAGAGUUCAAUGGCCAGAGAUCUCCUUUUUAUUCGAGCAAUCAAAGUCCGGAUGCCUUAAUGGAAAGGGAGAAAAGACGGGAGAGUUGGAGGAACUUACCGAAGGAGGCCUCGACGGAUGACAAAGUAUUGUAAGUCCGGUUUGUUAUAUAGCCCGAUCAUGUGGAAAAAACUGCAUCUCACAAGGGGGGGGUGGUAGGUAGCUCCGACCAAUUCUCCAGCUACGCUGCUCGGAAGUACCCCCAAGUGCGGCGCGCAGAUUUUCUUUAAAUUUUGUGCACACUUCGGGCAUAUGCCACAUACACUGCUCCACGAAAUGAUAGACGCACCCUGUUUUUAGCGAUUAUCUUCCUUGUACUAAAUGAUAUCGAAUAAUGUUCAACAGAUGAAAUGUGGCAAAUUAAACGAGAAUUCAUGUCCCGUAGCGAUUUUGGAACAAAAUUUUGCCUUGACUGAGAUAUGACAUUUUUAGACUUUUUUGGGGUCCACAAAAUGAUAGACGCAAUUAAGUAAUUUUUUGUUUAUUUAAAAGAAUUUUGAGUUAACCUGCUCUUAUUACACUUCCUCGUGUUCUCUGUCGUAUUAGAAAGGUAAUUACAUUUAUAUCCGCUGUACUUCAUCGACGCAGUGGCCUUAUGAGCCAUUUCCGACCUUGUACAUGGGGUAAAAAUUCGUUUGAAAAAAAAUUUGAUUAACGAUUUUGCUUUCGCCAAAAAACCAUCUUAAACCAUCAUAGAUUACUAGUUGCAAAUAUAAGACAUAAAAUAAACCAAUACCGAUUCGCUUGAAGUCAUUUAAUCGACCAUUAAGUUACCGUAUACCUUCUACAGUAACCUUCAAAGGCUCUAAAAGUACAGAAGAUUACUAUCGAUGUCAAUUUUUUGCUCAGAAAAUCAAACUCAGCAUGUUAACAAACCUAAAACCGCAACUUAUUGCCUGCUUAAAUGUCAUGAUGAUUGACAGAUGAUUGAUUAAAGAUAAACGUGUAAAAACAAGCCUAUUUUUGUGAACUUUUUUUUGUCGAACGACGUUACCGACUAAAGGUAUUCUGUAACGGCUGAUGAUUAAAACAUUACGUUUUCAGGCAUGCUCAGUUCGAAUUUGCAAAUUAAAUUUUGUCAUUCUCUUUGAUCGCCUUGGUAUUUCGGGGGUCUAAAAGUAUUAAGGUAGCUAGUUGUUGAAGAUGAUAUGCCAAGAAAAUGCUCGGGAUCCUUGAGCAAGCCGUUUUUUUUCAUCAGUGAGAUCUACACGUAUAAUGUGAUAGUAUUAGCUAGUUUUUCGCCCAAGAAAACAGAAUCACCUACAGUUUUUUUCAAACCGAAUAUUUACCUCAUGUACAAGGUCGGAAAUGGCUCAUAAGGCCACUGCGUCGAUGAAGUACAGCGGAUAUAAAUGUAAUUACCUUUCUAAUACGACAGAGAACACGAGGAAGUGUAAUAAGAGCAGGUUAACUCAAAAUUCUUUUAAAUAAACAAAAAAUUACUUAAUUGCGUCUAUCAUUUUGUGGACCCCAAAAAAGUCUAAAAAUGUCAUAUCUCAGUCAAGGCAAAAUUUUGUUCCAAAAUCGCUACGGGACAUGAAUUCUCGUUUAAUUUGCCACAUUUCAUCUGUUGAACAUUAUUCGAUAUCAUUUAGUACAAGGAAGAUAAUCGCUAAAAACAGGGUGCGUCUAUCAUUUCGUGGAGCAGUGUAGCUCGCGCUUUGCAGCGGCAGCGAGACAUUCGACGGGUUUGGCGGCUAAAAGAGUACGAACACACGGAGAGCGUUCACAGAGAAAAAACUUUUUGGUCGUAUUUCUGCCAGUUUUUUGCGGGAAAAAUUGUUUUGUUGUGGAAACGUGGUAGAAAUGAGCAUGAAACUUUUCAUGCCUACAUUCGCAAAGAAGUGCCCUUUUUCCAACUUUCGACCUAAAAAUCUCGGUCGUUUCUGCAGAGCGCGAGCGAGGAGUUUGCAGAUGAUUCCUUUGUGGGAGCACUACAUAUUUCGGUGAGAAAAAGAUACUUUUUUGUAGUACAUUAAGAUACGUUUUUUCCCACAUGGUCCUGUCCGGGACUCUACAAGUCUCGAUAACGCAAGGGUUUUGUCUAAUUAUCACUUGUUUAGGGCCAAUAAUGUGAUCUGGAGUGGUCGGGUUUGCGCGGAUUCGUAUUCAUUCGAUUGUAAUCUUCUGUUCGUUAGAAAUAGAAGCGCAUAUCAUCUGAAAAACGACAUGAGUCCAAUAAUUCUGGUGAAGCAGUCCGUGGAGAGGGAUUAUGUUUACAAGCAGAUCGACCGUCUCAAGAACAAAUGGGACCGGCAUCUCAUUUCUCUCCUGAUGCAGCCUCCUCAGAAAUCUUCGGAAUAUCAGUGCUUUGUUAGCUUUUAUAAUGAAUUGAAUCGGUCUGACAGGAUGGUCGUCGUCAGUUCCAAUCGGUCCCCAAGCAGUAUCACUGACAUGUAUUUUUACGCUUUGCCUCCAGGGCAAGAACUUCAUCGUGAGUUUGUCUUUUUUGUUUUAUAUGCUAUGGUGUGAAUAUAAUCUACAUCUUGAAUAUUUCAGCUGUCCUCGAUCGUCAAGAUGGGCCAGGACUCAUGGAUUUUGUGAAGAAAUGUGGAAACAUUAUGGCAUUGGUCGUCAGAAAGGCGACCCCGAACCGAGAAAAUUGGAGAAGCACAGAUGCGGUCCAAAAAGCGGACUCAUACAGAGGCGAUCGGGAUUCCAGAAGGCCACUUUCUCGAGAUGAGAACGAUCUCCGAAGGGUGGGGCCUCCCCCAACCUUGGCCCCACCAUCCCUAGCCCCACCGCGGACUCGAUCUCCUCAAAGAAGCAUCUCUCCGGAACCUUUUUAUCGUGCUUCUCCAGGUAUCACAACCGAUGACUUUGAGCCGGACUUGAUGAAUCGAAUUGGGAGCCCUCGGAAUGGAUCCAGUCCUAUCUUUGGGGUCCAGAAACGAGAUUACUCUGACUUUAUGAGACCGGCAGGAAUAAGAGAAGCCUCCGUUAAACAAGAAAAGUCCAGAAGUCAUUUUCUCCAUAGAGAAGGAUCACUUUUAAGAAAUGAUCCAGAUCCGCUAAAAUUGAGUAACAUUAGUCCUGUUACGGAUGAUAAUGAAGAGUUGAAGAGGAGAUCCGACUCUCCCAAACCCUCGAAUCUCACUCUGAAUGCAUUGGAUGAUCUCAAUUCGUUGGUGGAUGUCGAUGAGUUUCAUAUCAGGUAAGAAUUGUUGUGUAAUAAAUUUAUUUACCAUUAUUUAGGAGAUCACGGAAUAUGAACGGUAUGCGAGAACAGGACGAAGACUCUUGGACAAGGGCUCUGGUGGAUGACCCGACCAAGCUUCCCUUGACUUUCGAAAGUUUAAUUGCAGAAUUGAAACAUCUUAAGAAGUCGAGUAAGAUACCAUGUUUAAAUGUAUGAUUCUUUUCAGAAAACAUAAGACUACUGUCAGAAGCCUACUACUGUUUCCAUACAAUGAAACCCACUGAGAAAGCGGCAAUUGAAGAGCUCGCCAAUAAGGCCGAGGGAGAAUUGAAGAUGGAGGUCGAUCUUGAAGUAAAGCCUGAUCUCGUUGUGGAAAGGAGAGUUGAGUCUGUUGUUCAGAAAAAACUUCCGCUUCCGGUGCUGCCGCCUCUCCCAUUGGCCGAGGAGUUAACCAAAUUGACCAAGCAGAAAGAAGGAAAUUCUUCACCGAAUCCCCCGCCACCACCUCCACCACCAGCACUGGAGUUAGGCGAAAUUGAUUCGAAUACCCAAUCACCGAUCGAUGAGAUCAUUCCUCCUCCACCACCACCUCCUCAGCAUCUGGAUGUAAACUGGACUCCCCCUCCACCACCUCCUGUGCCGCCUCCAGUAGUCAGGGGAUCACCCUUAUCUCAACCUGCUCCAACUUAUCCACUUCCAAUCCAUCCACUCUCGCAUCCGAUGACCGACAUGAUUCCUCCGCCACAAGCUGUUCCCCCUCCACCGUUCAUUCCGUCACUACAAGGAGGCCAAGUACAACCAGUUCCCCCUCCAUUUAUGGGAUUCCCUUCAGGAAUAACUUAUCCUCCACCGCCUCCGUUCCAACAUUCUGUUCCAAUUCCGAUAAGAUCAGAACCCGUCCAAAUCCCGAUUGAUACAUUUGACAGUGACGGAGAGGGAUAUAAUCAGGAAGAGUAUUCACCUUUCAAGAAGUUUAAGGAGGAAAAGAAGUUUCCUUUCAAGCAUCUGAAACCACAGCCUCAUGUGGAUCCAAAGGGAAGGGGAGCAAAUAAUAUUCCGUUAGGAAAGGGCGCUGGAGAAAUAUUUGGCCAGAAUGGUAACAACGAGGAACAGGGGGCAAUGGAGCCGGGACCUUCCGGGGAAUUCCCAGAAAAUGAAAAUCCACUAAGUCGUCUGUUGCCGCAGCCUGUAAUGCAACGACCCAGAGGUAAGGUUAACGAUGACUUUUCUUUUUUACAAGGUUGAUCACACAUGUUGUUUUUGAUUUCAGGUGGCCCCCCUCAAAUGCGUGGCAACUUCCGAGGAUCUCCAUCCCGUGGAGGUUUCAACUCCGCAGGCCCUUCUAUGCCAUAUCCAAUGCCCGUACCUCCAAGAGGAAUGAUGAGAGGACGAGGAAGAGGUGGGAUCAUUCCCCGAGGUGUUUCAAUGCCCCGAGGACCUCCUUGUCCGAUCCGUCCACCCGGUCCGGGAAUGCAGAAUCCUCCUGGAUUCCCUCCCCGGGGUCGAGGGCAACCUCGAGGACCUCCUCCCGGCAGGUAUCCGAUGAGAGGAUUCUAUCGAUAA